AUAUUUACUACUUUGGCUUAGAUAAGGAGGUGUUAAUAAAGGUUGAGCGGUGGUGGCCCUUAACACCUCCUGCACCACCCAGGCAACAUGGCCGCCACAACUGCAAAAUCCGUCGGUUUUUUGGCCCAGCUUACCAACGCACUCAAAAGAUACACAUUUAAGGCUUCAGGCUUCAAUCAGCUUGGAUUGUACCACGAUGACUGCUUACGUGAAACACCAGAUGUAGCGGAAGCCUUGCGACGUUUGCCACAAAGUGUGAUAGAUGAACGUCACUACAGAAUGCAACUUGCAUUUCAGCUUUCAGUGACAAAAAGCAUCCUACCCAAGGAGCAAUGGAUUAGUUAUGAAGAGGAUCGUGAGAAGGGACGCUACCUGCAGCCGUACCUUGCAGAGGUGAUCAAGGAGAGGAAGGAACGUGAGGCAUGGAACAAGAAGUGACCAUUUUGUUCUCAUUUGAAUACUAUUAUGACCCAUUUAUCCACUUCAUGUUCAAUUAUUCAGACUUUUUGCUGUUGUAAAUGUUUGCAUAUGAAGUACGUACUUACAUGAAGUGAUAGUGAAUCUUGUACAAAAUGUAAAUUAUUUUGUGAUCCACAGUGGAAUAUAUUGAAUGCAGUUAAAUAUAAUAAAGAAAUGUACAUGA